UUUUCCUUUGCAGCAGGACGGAGCAGCAGCAGCAGGAGGAGGAGGAGGACAUGGCUGCCCUGGCCCUUUGCUCUGCGGCGGACCCCGGCCGCUGCCCAGGUGGGCUGCGGCUGCAGCAGGGCGCUCUUUGGCCAGCCCCUGGCAGCCCUCUGCGGGGAGGACGGCACGCUGCCCCGGCCCAUCCAGGAGCUGCUGGCUGUCCUGCAGCAGGAAGGGCCUUCGACGGAGGGCAUCUUCCGCAGAGCUGAGAGCAGGGCAGCCUGCCGGGAGCUGCGGGAGGCCCUGGACCGUGGUGCGGACGUCGACAUGGGAAGCCAGCCCGCGCUGCUGCUGGCCGUCGUCUUGAAGGACUUCCUCCGAAGCAUCCCCUCCAAGCUCCUCGUGAACAACCUCUACGAGGACUGGAUGGCAGCGAUGCAGCAGAGCAGCAAGGAGGAGAAGAUCUCGGAGCUGAAAGUGUAA